CGUCUUUAUCCUGCUCAGCGCGCCACCGUCUGUUUCACUCAGGAAUGGAUACUUUCGUCAGCUGUGUGAAUCUUUAACCGAGGUAUUUGGACACGGGAGUCCAGUUGACAGACAUGGUGAGGCACAGUGUGAUGACAGAGCUGCAGACUUUUCAACACUCUCUUCAGGGCCGAGCUCUGGCUGUGGGCCAAGUAGGUCAGAGCUGUGGUGGAAUUCCGGAAAAUGGCACAACUGCAAAGGAAAAGCCGCGUCUCUCCCCAAGCUCAGCAGAACCUGAGAAAAGUCAACCAGUGAGCAUUCCAGAUGCAGGAAAACGGAAAAAGAAGAAAAGAACAAGAGCAACAGACAGCUCUACAGGAACCUUUGAUGAUCUAUAUAAACUGACAGAUGAGGUUCUUGGUCAGGGUGCCUAUGCUAAAGUCCAGGGAUGCAUAAGUCUGCACGAUGGGAAGGAAUUUGCUGUAAAGAUCAUAGAAAAGAGUGCAGGACACAGUCGUGGCAGAGUGUUUCGAGAAGUGGAGACCCUCUACCAGUGUCAAGGACACAAGAACAUCUUGGAAUUGAUGCAGUUCUUUGAAGACAACUCGUGCUUUUAUUUGGUAUUUGAAAAGUUGCGUGGAGGAUCAAUUCUGAAUCACAUCCAAAACCGGAAGCACUUUGAUGAACUGGAGGCCAGCAAGGUGGUCAGAGAUAUUGCCCAAGCACUUGACUUCCUACACAACAAAGGAAUUGCACACAGAGACCUUAAGCUGGAGAAUAUUCUUUGUGAAUACACAGACCGAGUGUCUCCAGUAAAGAUCUGUGACUUUGACCUUGGAAGUGGAGUGAAGCUCAGCAGUGCAUGUACACCCAUAACCACCCCAGAGCUCACUACACCGUGUGGUUCAGCAGAGUACAUGGCUCCAGAAGUAGUAGAAGUGUUUACUGAUGAAGCUUCCUUUUAUGACAAGCGCUGUGACCUUUGGAGCCUCGGGGUUAUCCUCUACAUCCUCCUGAGUGGCAGCCCGCCUUUCACGGGUCACUGUGGCAGUGACUGUGGCUGGGAUCGAGGAGAAGCCUGCAGAGCCUGCCAGAUUCGCCUGUUUGAAAGCAUCCAACAGGGCAAGUAUGAGUUUCCUGAUAAAGACUGGGCUCACAUCACAGAUGCGGCUAAGGACCUCAUUGCCAAACUUUUGGUUCGUGAUGCCACUUUGCGCCUCAAUGCUGCUCAGGUCCUCAAGCACCCUUGGGUACAGGGGAAUGCUCCUGAGAGAGGUCUUCCAACUCCUCAUGUUCUACAGAGGAACAGCAGUGCCAAAGAUCUGACCCAGUUUGCAGCAGAGGCCAUUGCCUUUAACCGGCAGCUAUCACAGCAUGAUGAGCAACAGGAGGGUGUUGGAGCCAUUGUGUGCUCCAUGAGGCUUUCUCCUCCUUCGAAUUCCAGACUGGCCCGCAGACGAGCACAGUCCAAUGCUCGACGCACCACAGACGUCACCGCUACUUCUGACAACCACAUGGCCUGAAGCUCCACUGCACGUUGGCUUUGAGCUGCUCUGAGAACAAACAUGCACACAGAUCUUGGUCCUUUUUUUAUCAUUUUUUUUAUUAAUUUAUUUUUGUAAUUGAUUUUUUUUUUUUAAUAGCUCUUUGCCUGCUUCCUUAAUGUGUUUUAUUUCCACAGGCAGUGUUUACAUUUACUGAUAUAUAGAUAGAUAGAUUUUUUUUUUUUUUUUUUCCUCCCUCCUUCUUCUAAUGGCCUCAAAUCUUAUCAUAGUAUUGUAGAACCGGUGGGACAGAUAAUCCUAAAGUAUCCAUUCUUAACUGGAAAUGUAUUUUAGAGAGUUGUUGGAACCUCCCAGGAAUUUUGUUAGGUUUUAGAAUUUCACAUAUCAAACACCUUGUGAUGACUCUAAAACAGCAGAACCCACAGUCCAUUCACUUAGUACAUUACUGUCACCAUAGACUGACAGGGGGGGCAACACGGUGGCUUAGUGGUUAGCUGUGUUGCCUCACAGCGAGAAGGUCAUGGGAUUGAUUCCCACCUGUGGAGUUUGCAUGGAUUCUCUCCGGGUGCUCCGUUGAAGAGGUGUGUGUGUUUUGACUGAUGAGCUCAACUCAGUUAUGCAGCUAAUGCUGCAGAUCCACCUCAGAUCUGCGAUGGGGACCCCAACUGAAAACAAGGGAGAAGCCGAAUGGACUUAAUAUGCUGACAUAAUGUUACAUUAGCUCAUGUUGUACUGACCAAAUAGUAUUUAGAGUAUUUAAAUGAGUUUGAGGAUACUUAAAUACUCCUUCUCAACCGUUGAUACUAACCCCGCCCCUUGUGUGUGUACGCAUGCAAAGUGCUAAAACUGAGCCACACUUAGCUUUACAUUUUUGGAAACUGGCUUUUCCUCCAUCUUAUGUCCAGCUCAAUGUCUUUAUUAUAUUAUUGUCUAAGCUGUAUCAGUUUUUUAAAUUAUUUUUAUUUGUAAACGUGUGGAAAAAGCUGGACCGAAGAAAAUGAAUGCGUGGAUGUUGAUUUUAAAAAUCUGUGAUCAAAUUUUCUAUUUUAAUUUUUAGACGUUGCUUCAACACAAGCUGUCUGAUACACUUCAUAAAAAGGUUGCCAUAUAAGUUCAAUAAUGCUUAGAAAUGGCUUCAAUGAUGGGAAUUUGACACCUCUUCUCUUAAGGUGUCAGGUGCUGACUGCCAGCGUUACCUCGGACUUGCUCUUUGCACCGCACCUAUGCACGUUUUCAGCUUUACAAAUGCAACAGCAUCUUAAAAACAGCCAGGAGUCUUCCCCCCCCCCCCACUGACUAGCUGGGAGAAUAUUUUCAGUGUGAAUGGCUUGAUUUUUGGAGAAUUGCAUUUGUUUCCAAAGCUAAAUAUGUAAUGUAUUCAUUGCAGAUAUGACUUCUUUUUUUUUUUUUUUUAUAGUAGAUAUAAUGAUGGAAUAACAUGAGAUGAAUCCAAACUGGAGUUGAAGGGAUCAGCUUUACAUUACUUUUGUUGUAUAUUUUGUUCCGAAUGAUGCACAGACUUGGGUAAUCCCAGUUUUAGUG